GUCCCGCGCCGGCAUCCGCCCGCGGCCGCCUCGACGCUCCAACGCCCCCUCACGGCCCAGUCAGGCCCCGCCCCCCGGCCUCCCGGGCCGCCCGCCGCGGAAACGCACCGAAGGAAACGGACGCCAGUGCGCCUCCCGGGGCUGCCACCACGGCUGCGGCGCGCCGGCCGGGGUCCGGCCGAACUUGAGCAUUUACCUGCGUGUGUUUAAUGGUCUGGCAUCCUUACUGGACUUUACCUAUGUGAGGACUUCUGGAGCUCUGCUGAAGUCCCCUUUCCCCCAAGCUGGCCACAGCAGGGACCUGGUGCGGACGCAGAGGAUACUCACUGUCAGCCUGGACCUGAGGGUCCUGAUGGCAGCAGGGCCGCUGACUGAGCUGGAAGCGGCCAUCGAGACAGUGGUCACCACCUUCUUCACCUUUGCGGGGCAGGAGGGCCGCAAGGGCAGCCUCAGCGUCAACGAGUUCAAGGAACUGGUCACUCAGCAGUUGCCCCACUUGCUCAAGGAUGUGGACUCCUUAGAUGAGAAGAUGAAGAGCUUGGAUGUGAAUCAGGACUCUGAGCUCAAGUUCAGUGAGUACUGGAGACUGAUAGGGGAGCUGGCCAAGGAGAUCCGGAAGGAGAAGGCCCUGGAGAUCCGGAAGAAGUAGAGCUGCUGACCAGGACAGGGCCAGGCUGGCCAGGCGAAACCUCACCCCCCAGGAUAGCGUCCUUCCUGAAACACAAAUGUUUCUUGUUCCCACCGUACCCUGCCUUCUUCUCCUGAGAGUCUGGGGACUGAAAGCUCUCCCUGGACUUGAGAGUGGGCCCCAAAAUUUUGAGCUCCUUUAGGACCAGGAACAUUACUCAUCUUUGAAUAUUAUUCUGUAGCAUCGAACACCGGAUCUUGUAUUUAUUGAAUACCAGGGAGGUGCUCAAUUAAUAAAUGGUUGAUGAGGGGCACCUGG